CUUCGGUAUUUUCGCAUAAACUUAGAUGGUUCUGAUCGGUUUAGGUUUAGUUUCAUGUAAGACGCCUUACCAAACGGACGUGCCGUAAGAAAAAACACCGAACUUCACGAUUUGCGAAUGAAAUCGUCACUUUUAAAAAAUAAUAUAAAUAAAAUAAAUGAAUUAUUUUUAGUUUAGUUGAAAAAGAUAUUAAAAUAUGUUUUUGUGUCUAUUGCAAGUGCACUCUUAGUUUGCUUUAAGAAUUACGAAAAACAUAUAUGUUAUGUUGUUUACAUCAGAAGAAAUAAACUGUGCAAAACCUUCCGUUUAACUUUUUUAUCAAAUACACUUGACACACUAUGUCACUCGUCAACAAUGGAAACAGAAAUUCAACCUCCCCAAAUCUGCAAAGACUACAAGACAAUACAUCUUCAAAUGUUUACAUCUCAAAUAGGCACAUACCACGUCCAGCAAUGGAUGCAUCCAAAUCGCCACCACCGCCCGAUAUUAUUGGUACUAUUACAGGUGAUUUCGGUAUAUGGCAACUACGCACUGUUCUUAUAAUAUUUCUCUGCAAAAUUCCUGCUUCGUGGUUCAUGGCUUGCAUUAUUUUCACAGCACCCGAAAUGUAUCCUGGCACAGAAUUUGAAUGCAAUGCUGAUUAUUUAAACCCUAAUGAAACUAUUACAGACAAUCAAUGUUAUGUACUGGAGAGUUCAAACAGCGGUACAGUUGUUGGAAAAGAGGAGUGUACCAAUUUUUUAUAUAAUUUUGACUUUCAGUCCCUAAUAAUGGAAUUUGAUUUGGUUUGCCUUCGUGAUAUUUUUGUGGCUUGGACUCAAUAUUGGCAUCUGUUUGGUGUGCUUGUUGGUGGCGUGGUGGGCACAAAAUUAAUGUUACGUGUUAGUCCAAGAAAUGUUUAUUUGAUUGGCAUGGUGGCUCAAAUAAUUUGUGGAGUUGUUACCGGUUAUGCACGGGAUUUCAGUUUACAUUGUGCUUUUCGCUGUCUUUCGGCAGUGUGUUGUGCCAUCAUGUUCACCUCUGGGCAAGCUAUUUUUGCGGAUAUAACUGCAGGUCUCUAUCGCAUUGGUGCCAUUAUAUUGUACGACACAUUCUGGUCGAUUGGUGUUAUAUUGCUUCCUGGGCUAUCCUCAUUCUUUAAUCAUUGGACUCAUAUUUACUUGGGAAUAACAUUUCCCACCCUUUUAUUAAUGUUACUUUUAUUAUGGACACCGGAAUCACCACGUUGGCUACUCAAAAAUGGUGACGAACGUGACAUCGAUCGUGUCGAACAAAUCGUGCGUGAAGGAGCAGAAAUUAAUGAUCGUACGUUCAAAAUUCCUCCUGAUUUUCGUCAACAGUUAGAGAAACUGAGGGACACAUUAAAAUCACAGCCAGCACCUGCAACCUGGCUACAACUCUGGAGUGGUCCGCGUGCUAAAAUUCAUAUGAUAGCUGCACAUUUAGCACUGGCAGCGUUCAUAAUCAAUUUCAUGGGAAUGUUGCUUAAUAUCCGAUCAUUCGGUAGAGAUUAUUUAGUGCCAAAUACAAUUGCCAUGGGUUUCUCUGAAAUAAUAGGGUGCUUCCUAGCCCUACAUUUCACACUCAAAUAUAAUAAAUGGAAAUGGCAAUGGGCUGGUGGUUUUAAUAUUUUGGCAGGUUUAAUUGGUUGUCUUGGGUGGACUUUCAGUCAUGCUGACGAAAUGGAUCCAAAACUUAAAGUGACCUUAUGGAUGAUCAUAGCUACUAUACCAAAAGCUGGCGUGUCAUGCGCUCAAUCUAUGAUUUUAGCGUGUAUGGCUGAGGUAAUGCCACUCAAUAAAAAAGUGCCCUAUGUAUUCUCUGUAGUGACAUGGGCACGAAUCUGGUUGCUUUCUGCACCUUUCAUAAAUGUACUUAAGAAAAUCGAUGUCGCGCUCUCUCUUAGUGCCUACUGUUGGUUAAGCAUUCUGGGCGGCAUAUGCACUUGCUUAAUGCUUACACCUCGUGUAAGACCUACUGUCCCAUAUAACGUACCAGCCUCUCAAAAGGAGCAAUCACCACUAACAGCACCUGUUUGGACUGUGGAAGGUGAUGUAAACAAUACGCGAUUGUAAAACUUAAAACUAAGCCGGCAAACUGCUUAAAAAAUUUUUGAUUAAUAUUUUGUUAGUUUUUUAUAUAUAUACUUUACUGUGAUUAGUUAAGAAAAGAUAUUACCAAUUAAGCUUUUCGUAAAUUUUAAUUAUAUCCUUAAGUGUACAUACGAAUAAUAUAAGUACAAUUAAAGUACUCUAACUCACUUUCUAAUA